GAAAAUUUUUUUCUAUUUUUAAGAAAUAUUUUCUAAAAAUAAUGAAUAGUAAUGGAGAUGUACGUAGACCAAAUAAAAUUGUCAGGUUUAAACCAACAGAUCCAAAUGUUCUCCAACCCCUUUCAACUGAAGACAGUAUUCCUGAAUAUAUGAAUAUUUUGGGAAUGAUUUUCUCUAUGAUGGGAUUAAUGAUGAAGUUUAAAUGGUGUUCGUGGGUAGCUCUUUUUUGUUCCUGUGUUUCUUUUGCCAAUGUCCGAGCAUCUGACGACACAAAACAAAUUGUUUCUUCAUUUAUGCUUUCAAUAUCUGCUGUGGUAAUGAGUUAUUUACAAAAUCCAGCGCCGAUUGUACCUCCGUGGGUUUAA